AUGGCGCUUGUGGAGGUGGUGGUAGUGACAGCAUGGUGGUGGAGGUGGCAGCAUGGUGGUGGUGGUGGUGUUGGUUGUGGAGGUGGUGGUGGAUGUGGAGGUUUUGAAGGAGGUGGUGGUUGUGGUGGUGGUGGUGGUGGCGGUGGCGAUGGCGAUGGCAAUGGCGGUGGUUGUGGAGGUAGUGAAUCUGGUGGUGUAAGUGGUGGAGUUGGAUGUGGAAGUGGAGAUGGUAUAAUUUCCAAAGAGAAGGAACUAAAGAUGGUAAAUCCUGCUUCUUCAUCCCAAAUCCCAGAGGUGGUGCUUGGCUCCUCCACUGGCCCCAAGAGCAUGCCUGUGCUUGCCUUUGGCACAGCAGCUAAUAACUUACAGCCUAUUCAGUUGAAAACAGCAGUUAUUGAGGCCAUCAAGCUUGGUUACAGGCACUUUGAUACAGCUGCCGUUUAUGGCUCAGAGCAGCCUCUGGGUGAAGCUAUCAAAGAAGCACUUAAGCUUGGCCUUGUUGCUUCCAGAGACCAACUCUUCAUCACUUCAAAGCUUUGGAGCAAUGAUGCUCACCCUCAUCUUGUCAUUCCUGCUCUCAAGAAAUCACUUGAGAAUCUUCAACUGGAGUACCUUGACCUGUAUCUCAUCCACUGGCCCAUCAGUGCCAAGCCAGGAAAAUUUGUGUUCCCACUAGUUGACGUUAUGCCAAUGGACUUCAAGGGUGUGUGGGCAGCCAUGGAAGAAUCUCAGAGACUUGGCCUCACCAAAUCAAUUGGAGUCAGCAAUUUCACUUGCAAAAAGAUUGAAACUUUACUCUCUCAUGCUACCAUUCCUCCCUCAGUCAAUCAAGUGGAGAUGAGCCCAUUCUGGCAACAGCAGAAGCUAAGAGACUUCUGCAAGGCCAAUGGUAUAGUUGUGACUGCCUUCUCUCCUUUGGGUGCCAAGGGAACCAGCUGGGGAUCCAAUCAUGUUAUGGAAAGCAAAGUGCUUCAGGAUAUAGCAGAGGCUCGAGGAAAAACAGUUGCUCAGGUUUGUAUUAGAUGGGUGUACCAGGUAGGGGCAACUCUUGCUGUUAAGAGCUACAACAAGGAGAGGUUGAAGCAGAAUCUGCAGGUGUUUGAUUGGGAGCUAUCAGAAGAUGACCUUCACAAGAUCAACCAAAUCCCACAGCACAAAAUGGUUACCAGGGGAGAACUGGUUUCGGCUGACGGACCAUACAAAUCCCUUGAAGAAUUUUGGGAUGGAGAGAUUUAG